GAUUAAACAAAAAUUCGGGAAUUUCUUCCUUUUGCUUUCUCCAUCAUCAACAUCAGGUCAAGGAAAGCCUCUCUCUCUCUUUAUAUAUUUAUUCUUGUAACAGCGUCGGGAGAUCGUAGAACAGAGAGGCGACUUCUUCUUCUUCUUCUUCGCCAAGGUUUCAGAAGCUAUAUUUUGAGCCAUGAGCACAGCGACCAGGCCUUCCUCUUCGACAGCGACAACAACCUCCGUCAUCUUAGAGAACCCUGUUUCUCAGUCCCAACCGACAGAGAGAUUAGUGCUUCGUUUGAACAGGAUAAAGAAGAAAGUCUCGUGGAAAGACGGGACUGUUGAUAACGAGUUCAUGCAGAAGAAGAGUUCCAAGAAGUGCUGCAUCUUUCACAAACAGAAGCCUUUUGAUGAGGAUGACAGCGAAGAAGACGAAGAUGACCAACACCACCAUGAUCAUAACCAUGAACACUGCGAAUCUGGUGAGGCCUCUUCAUCUAACGAUUCUAAAGCAGUUGACUAAUCAGUUAUGGUUAUUCACAUCAUGGAAGAACACUGAGGUUUUUGGUUUUUCAUGAUCUUAUCUUCUCCUACAGUAACACUGGUUGGGCUUCAUUAGUAUAUUUAACAUGUAAUUUUGCACGUUGCUAAUGAUAUUAUUAUUCAUUACAAUGUUGAUAUCAACAUCUUCAAAGCUGUAUUGACAGUUAUGUGAGCAUCUUUUCAGAAGAUCAACGACUAAUAUAUCUCUUGAUUACUACUUUA